GUGCUGGAGGUGGCACAGCAGCGUUGGCAGGCCGCGUACGACGCCGCGCACGUCGGCCUCGCGGUUCCCCUCACUCGCCCUCAGCUCAUCGCCCGCGCUGCUGCCCUCGGCGUCCCCGUCACUGAAGACAACUUCGACACCCUCUACAAGUACCGGCCUGACGUGCGCCUCUGCCGCAACUGCUGUCACGUUGAGGCCUGCCCUCACUUCCUGAGGCCAAACCGACGCUUCAACUGCCACAUCGAGGCCGAGAGGACAGCGCCUGACUACCCUCACACCCUGCACCUGGUGGUGUCCCGUGACGCAGCAGGUGCCCCGGAGCAGCUGGUGCAGCAGGUGGCGAGCAGAAGCCAGGCGGGUACCCGCGACCGCCCCAAGCCGCCCUCCAUCACCUCUACGGACCUGACCCACUUGAGGGAACAAGUGUGUCAACUGGCACAGGCCUACGUCGCCGUCUGAACAUGCAGUAAUGAUUUUCACCCCGGCCAUCAACAUAGCACUGCAGCGCUGGGACCAAAAAUAUAUUCCUAUUAUAAUAAAUGAAGAGUUAUUAUAAAGUAAUUAUUAUAUAUGUGAUAGUUCUACUCUAGUUUCACUAAUAUACUCGCGAUAUUAAAGCAAUAAAUAUUCGCACUAAGUUGUAAUUGUGCUAAUGCAUCUUUUCAUGGUGUAUAAAGUUUUGUGUGUGUUCUCUCGGG